AUGAAGUUCAACGCCAUCCUCUCAUUCUUCGCUGCAGCGUCAGUCGCUCUGCCCACUUCCAACCCUUCUUCUGAGCUUGAAGUCCGUCAAGCUGGAAGCAUCACUCGCGAUGAUCUUUCCAACGGCGCUUCAUCCGCUUGUCCCCCCGUCAUUUUCAUCUAUGCUCGUGGCUCCACUGAGCUUGGGAACCUGGGAACACUUGGUCCCCGGGUUGCCUCUGUGCUUGAGAGUUACUAUGGAAACAACAAAGUCUGGAUUCAGGGCGUUGGUGGAGCAUAUCGUGCAACACUUGGAGAUAAUGCCCUUCCUCGAGGAACCUCUGCAGCAGCUAUACGAGAGAUGAUUGGGCUUUUCAACCUUGCAAGCACAAAGUGCCCUUCUGCCAAGAUUGUUGCUGGAGGGUACAGUCAAGGCGCUGCUCUUGCUGCAGCCAGUAUCGAGGAUCUCAGUACUACUGUCCGCAACAAGGUCGUCGGUACUGUGCUGUUCGGAUACACCAAGAACCUACAGAAUCUUGGUCGCAUUCCAAACUACCCACGAGAGCGAACCCUUGUUUUCUGCAACGUUGGGGACUUGGUUUGCACUGGCUCCCUGAUUGUUGCUGCUCCUCAUCUGGCUUAUCAAUCUGAUGCCUCCGGGCCUGCUCCUCAAUUCCUCAUCCAGCGCGUUGCUGCUACCUCUAUCUAG